AUGAAGACAGUGAGCAUGGCAAGGACCUUGCAAGACUCUUCCUCCAAGAGACACUUCCACUGGACAAACAAGGUUGGUACUGAAGAUGAUGAUCAUGUAGCGCUUCCAAGCUUCAAGUCCUCAUCCUCCUCAAAAACAACUGAUCAUGAGGAAGAGAAGAACACAGAGCAUGAUCAUCAUCCCAAACCACAACAUGGCCAUGUGGCUGCAGCAGCAGCAGCUCAUCAACUUCCAAGGAGGAAACUUCAGGCAGCCGCAGUGUCCAGGCUCCGUUCGGUUCUCACCGCCUUUGGUAAGAACCGUUCAAGCCUACCACUCGGGCUUGGACCCCGAGUGGUAGGCACCCUUUUCGGCUCUAGGCGUGGUCAUGUACAUUUUGCAUUCCAGAGGGACCCAAAUUCACAACCAGCCUUUUUGAUCGAGCUUGCCACUCCAAUCAGUGGGUUGGUUCGAGAAAUGGCAUCUGGGCUCGUUAGAAUUGCCUUGGAGUGUGACAAAGACAAAGAAGAAAUGAAAAAGAAAGACAAAGCUCUGAGGCUGCUAGAAGAGCCUGUGUGGAGAACAUUUUGCAACGGCAAGAAGUAUGGUUUUGCAAGCAGAAGAGAAUGUGGGCCCAAGGAGUGGAAGGUACUGAAAGCUGUGGAGCCAAUUUCAAUGGGGGCUGGUGUUUUGCCAGCUGCUGCAGGGAAUGAAGCUGAAGAUGGGUCCGAUGGUGAACUCAUGUACAUGAGGGCCAAGUUUGAGAGAGUUGUUGGAUCCAGAGACUCUGAGGCCUUCUACAUGAUGAACCCUGAUAGCAAUGGAGCUCCUGAACUCAGUAUCUAUUUGCUUCGAGUCUAA